GGGACGGGCAUGGCAGAGAUGCGGCCGGGAACGGCGGCGGGGCUGCAGCUCAGCGCGCUGCCCGACCACUCCCCGCUGCUGCAGCCCAGCCUGGCCGAGCUGCGGCGCCGGGCCCGGGCGGCGGGCGCUCCGCCGACGCCUCUGCCACUCACCGACUCCUUCCUGCUGCGGUUCUUGCGCGCCCGGGACUUCGACCUCGACCUGGCCUGGCGGUUACUGAAAAACUAUUAUAAGUGGAGAGCAGAAUGUCCAGAAAUAAGUGCAGAUCUGUGCCCUCGAAGUAUUCUUGGUCUUCUGAAGGCUGGUUAUCUUGGAGUCCUGCGAGCCAGAGACCCCACUGGCAGCAAAGUUCUUAUUUACAGAAUAGCACAAUGGGACCCAAAAGUUUUCACAGCUUAUGAUGUUUUUCGUGUAAGUCUAAUCACAUCCGAGCUUAUUGUACAGGAGGUAGAAACUCAGCGGAAUGGUAUCAAGGCUAUCUUUGAUCUAGAAGGCUGGCAGUUUUCUCAUGCUUUUCAAAUUACCCCAUCCGUAGCCAAGAAGAUUGCUGCUGUUCUUACAGAUUCCUUUCCAUUAAAAGUCCGUGGUAUCCAUUUGAUAAAUGAGCCAAUAAUUUUCCAUGCUGUCUUUUCCAUGAUUAAACCAUUCCUGACUGAAAAAAUUAAGGAACGGAUUCACAUGCACGGGAACAAUUACAAACAAAGCUUACUUCAGCAUUUCCCAGAUAUUCUUCCUCUGGAAUAUGGUGGUGCAGAAUUCUCCAUGGAGGACAUUUGUCAGGAGUGGACAAAUUUUAUAAUGAAGUCUGAAAAUUAUCUCAGCAGCAUUUCACAGAUCAAUCAGUGAGAAGAAGUUAUUUAAUGUGAAUGACUUCCUAAUUAUAAAUACAUGAGUGAGAUCCUACCUGGUUAUAUGAAUGAAAGAAAAAAAUCCUUUAAGCUAAUUAACACUUGUCUGAUUGACCUUUCAAAUUGUAAAACUCUUCUGACAUGAGCAACAUGGAUAUUUGGGAAACUUCUUGACUUUUUAAAUGCACUUUCUUCAUCUUUCAAGUAGUUAAAUGUUUGUAUACCUUAAAAGCAUAGAAGGGAUUCUUAUUUUUAUACUUGAAUUUAUCUCCUAAAGUAGCUGUUUCUGAAGUUUCACAAGUUAUCUGACUACAUUGGUUGAGUAAUAAAUGUAUAAAUAGUCCACAGAAAAGAAGUGUUAGUACAAAUCAACUGAUGAUAAAUAUCUAUUAAUACCCAUCUUGGGUGAAAGUCAGAUUAGAUUAUAAUUCAGAUUAAAAUCUGAAUACAGUUUUGCAGAGUUUUUUCUAUGGGCCAGCAAGAUAGUUCAUCUCAGGGAAGUUCUAUUUCAGCACAUGUGCACAACAGAAACUUUUGAUUGAAGAGUCUGUGCACCAUAAAGUAUUAUAUGUAGCAUCUAGAGGUCUUCAUGAAAUUACUCAUGUUGCUACAAUUGAUAAUCAAAAAUAAUUUAGGAAAUAUUUCAGGCAUAGCUGAUAGUUUUUAAACACUUUUCCUGCAUUUUCAAAUAAAUCAAGAAUGUAAUUGUGACAUCAGUUUUUGGUUAUUCUUAUCAUGACUACAUAGAGAAUUAGAAAUGGAAUAAUAUUUAAUUGUCAUACAGACAUGACUCUAUUUUUAAUUGAACAAUAACACAACUACACAAAGAAAAAGAAAUGUUUACAUUUAAAAAAUCACUGUCAGCUACACCUGGAACUUUUCAGAUUAUGUAUGAAAUAAUUCUACGUUUACUACAUAUCAGAAUAUUCUAGCCAAAUUUUAUAAUUAAUGUGUACUUUAAAAAAACAGUAGUUAAAAUGUGAUGUUUCUAUUAUAGUUUAUGUCAAAGAAUAUUUUGCUUAUUAAGAAAGAUACAAUGUCAAUAUGGCUUUCAGUUUAUGACUUUUUAUAGUGUUUCAUAAUUUUUAAAUUUUAUAAAAUAAAAAAAACCACACGGUGCAAAAUUUGUUAAAUAUUGUUUAGCUUAGUUGGGUUUCAACAUUAAUCAUACAAUAAUAGCAUCUUUGUGAAAGGAUAUAUGAAGAGCAUUUUUCUUUAUAAGAAAAUUAUUCUAAUCAGGUGAGCUGAUACUUGUGAUUCUCCAUCUAUGAAAAAAUUGAGAGCACUUGUGAAUGUUCUUUAGAGGACACAUUUAAUUUUGACUUGGCAUUGGGAAGCUAACUUUACAUUAU